UGGUUGGGUUCGUGCAUAAAAAAUGGCGAGGGGGUGUCUUCAUUUCUGACUUCUGAGCAGUGAACACGAACAGCGAAGAGAGAGAAAACACCACCUCAAACCCAAAACUUCUUUAUCUAGGCGCGAAUUUUGAAAUUAACGGUCGUAUUUUCAGUUUUGAGUUGGACGUACAUCUGCUAAGGUUCAGAGGCACCAAUGGCGGAUUCAUCCUCCGGUCCCGCGAGCUUCUGGACCCAAGCCAACGCUUUGCUCAGAAAGAACUUAACCUUCCAGAAACGAAAUAUCAGGACAAAUAUUCGGCUCGUUUCAUUCCCUAUUUUACUCUGUGUGCUACUUGUUGUCAUCCAAAAAUUGGUCAACAGUGAAUUGGAUAAAGCUGAGAACAAGUGUGGCUGCAUUUCUGUUACCAAUGAAAAUGGUCAAACUGAAAAGAGGUGUGGGAUUCAGUACUCAACUCUGGAUCAGGUGGGCACUUGUCCCAUUCCUAGCCCUCCAGAAUGGCCUGCAUUAUUACAAGUACCAGCUCCUGAAUAUCGUGCAGUGAGAGCCGAUUUUAUUCAAUUUACAGAUUUGCCAGAUGACUCAUGCAGGAGGACAGGGUCAUGUCCUGCAACUAUACUUUUCACUGGGAAUAAUCGAUCUCUUGGAUUAACUUUGGCUGGGAACAUGUUCUUGAGUUCUUCCUCUCUAAAUUCCUCCAAUAUUCUGGGUAAUUUAUCCAAUUUUGUGCUUGGAUCUGAAUCAAUGCCUGAGACGACCAAUUUUCUUGAUCCUGCUUUCUUCUCGGAUCUUCCCAUAUAUCAUGUUGAACCUCAGUGUGCACCAAACUCAACAUUUUCAGUGUCCUUCUCCUUAGCAUCCACUAAUGUGCAGCAAGAGGUACAAUGUGUUCAAGGCUUACAUUUGUGGCGCAAUAGUUCUUCUGAGAUUAAUGAUGAGCUGUUUAAGGGUUACCACAAAGGGAAUUCAGAGGGGAAGAUAAAUGAGAUUGUUGCAGCAUAUGAUUUCUUAAAUUCGAACGGGAAUAAUUUUAAUGUGAGUAUAUGGUACAAUUCAACCUACAAGAAUGACGCAGGUGCUAGUUCUAUCGCAUUAGUGAGGGUUCCACGCUCAGUGAAUCUCGCAUCCAAUGCCUACCUCCAGCUUGUGCAAGGAGAUGGUGUCAAAAUGGUACUUGACUUCAUUAAAGAAAUGCCCAAACCUGAAACCCAAGUCAGGCUGGAUUUAUCUUCUCUUCUUGGUACACUCUUCUUUACGUGGGUCAUUUUGCAACUGUUCCCUGUUGUGUUGACAUCUCUGGUUUAUGAGAAGCAACAAAAUCUAAGAAUCAUGAUGAAAAUGCAUGGACUUGGUGAUGGGCCUUAUUGGAUGAUUUCCUAUGCUUAUUUUCUUGUCAUAUCUUCAAUCUACAUGUUAUGUUUUGUGAUAUUUGGCUCAGUUAUAGGUUUAAAAUUCUUCACCUUGAAUGACUACAGCAUCCAACUUGUGUUUUACUUUAUCUAUAUAAACUUGCAAAUUUCACUGGCCUUUCUACUAGCUGCUGCAUUUUCAAACGUUAAGACUGCCACAGUUUUAGGAUACAUAUGUGUCUUUGGAACAGGGCUCUUAGGAGGCUUUCUUUUCCAGUUCUUUAUUCAAGAUACAUCAUUCCCGAAUGGCUGGAUUAUAGUUAUGGAGUUAUAUCCUGGUUUUUCUCUAUAUCGGGGUUUAUAUGAGUUUGCACAGUACUCUUUCACAGGGAAUUAUAUGGGGACUGAUGGGAUGCGAUGGGGAGAUCUGAGUGAUAGCACAAAUGGGAUGAGAGAUAUCUUGAUCAUUAUGUUUGUAGAAUGGUUGAUAGUGCUUUUUGUUGCAUACUAUAUAGACCAAGUUUUAUCAUCAGGGAAUGGUGUUAAAAGAAGUCCUCUAUUUUUCUUGCAAAACUUUCGGAAAAAGAAGCCUAUGUCAUCUUUCCGGAAGCCUAGUUUGAAAAGGCAGGGAUCCAAAGUUUUUGUUAAGAUGGAGAAAGCUGAUGUUUCUCAAGAGAGGGAGAAGGUUGAACAGCUGCUACUUGAAUCUGGUGCAAAUCAUGCCAUCAUCUGUGAUAACCUUAGAAAGGUGUAUCCAGGAAGGGAUGGAAACCCCGAAAAAAUUGCAGUGAAAGGAUUGUCUCUUGCUUUGUCUCAUGGGGAGUGCUUUGGUAUGCUUGGUCCCAAUGGUGCAGGCAAAACCUCUUUCAUUAGUAUGAUGAUUGGGCUCACAGUACCAACCUCCGGCACAGCGUUUGUUGAGGGUCUGGACAUACGGACUGAUAUGGAUGGAAUAUAUACCAGCAUGGGUGUAUGCCCACAACAUGAUCUUCUCUGGGAAACACUAACAGGAAGAGAGCACCUGCUAUUUUAUGGAAGACUUAAAAACCUCAAAGGUGCUGCCUUAACACAAGCAGUGGAAGAAUCUCUUAAGAGUGUCAACCUAUUUCAUGGAGGGGUUGGGAACAAGCAGGCUGGAAAAUACAGUGGAGGAAUGAAGAGGAGGCUUAGUGUUGCCAUUUCACUGAUUGGAGAUCCCAAAGUUGUCUAUAUGGAUGAACCGAGUACCGGAUUAGAUCCUGCUUCAAGAAACAACUUGUGGAAUGUUGUGAAGCGUGCAAAGCAAGGCCGAGCAAUAAUUCUAACAACGCAUUCAAUGGAGGAGGCAGAGGUUCUAUGUGACCGACUAGGAAUUUUUGUGGAUGGCAGCCUGCAAUGUAUUGGAAACCCAAAAGAGCUGAAGGCUAGAUAUGGAGGGUCUUAUGUGUUCACAAUGACAACAUCUUCGAAUCAUGAGGAAGAAGUGGAGAGCUUGGUGCGGCAUCUCUCCCCAAACACUAACAAAAUAUACCAAAUUUCUGGAACCCAGAAGUUUGAGCUUCCAAAGCAAGAGGUCAGGAUUGCAGAUGUUUUCCAAGCAGUUGAGAAUGCAAAGAGCAGGUUCACAGUUCAAGCAUGGGGUCUGGCUGACACCACUUUAGAGGACGUGUUCAUCAAGGUUGCACGCGGAGCUCAGGCAUUCGAUGUGCUCCCUUGAUUUUGCAACCAUUCGAUCCAAUACUCUUCUUACUUCAACGCACCAGUCAUUUUAUUGCAGCCACAUUUAUUUACCUUUUGGAUUUUCACAAUGUCAAUACCCUUAAAAGCACUGUUUCUGACUAGGUCCCUGUGUUGUAGACUUGUAUUCUGUAUAGAAACAUCAAUUCAAAUAAACACUAGAUAGUGUAAUUUUUGUGAUCAAGUUACCAUUCAAAAGGCCCACCCACUUCAUUGCUAUGAAAAAUAAGUGUGGCACCAAAUGAUUGGAAUAAUAAAAUAUACAGAUUUCCUAUGAA